AUGGCAUCCAUGACCGGCCAACAAGACCUAGGCACAGGCGACCAAGCACCAGCACAGAACCAGACUGGCGAGUCUACAGGUGGUCGUCAGCGGGUUGCAGAGACAGAAUCGAAUCAGAAAUCGUCAGUGUCCACAGGUGGUAGUGGUAGUGAAGGCAAAGAGGAAAAGAAAACCGGAAGUCAGCUGGAUAAUCUGGAUGGUGAAGCUGGUGAGACGGGGGGAAGUAUUGAUAAGAGUUUUGUGCAGGGUGUGAAGGAUAGUGUGAAGAAGUGA